UAAUAACAACUCGGGCCCUAAACUUAUAUUAAUUAUUUAACAAUAAUAACUUGAAGAAAUGAUUGGUAUCGGAACAACUAUUGCGUUGGCCUUUGUGAUAUAUUUUGUGGUCUACUGUUAUAAAAAUGCUUUUAAGACACUGCCUAAUUUUCCACCAGGACCUCCACGGUUACCAAUUUAUGGGUCUUAUUGGAUAGUCCUGGCGUGUGCGAUUAAUAAUCUAUCACUAGCGUUCAAAAGGCUGGGAAAGUGGUACGAUACUAAAUUGAUAGGCCUAUUCUUGGGCCCAAUACCAGCUGUGAUUGUCAACGAUUCCGCUCUGAUCAAGGAAAUGCUCAACCGAGAGGAGUUUGACGGAAGAAUGGACAUAAUUUUGGCAAGGCUUAGAGCAUACUGGAAAAGAUUGGGUAUAUUCUUCACGGAUGGCUAUUUAUGGCAUGUGCAGAGGCGUUUCUCUCUUCGGUAUAUGAGGGACUACGGGUUUGGCAGACGCGAUGGAACUUUAGAAUCAAUACUAGAGAGCGAGAUAAAAGAAAUGCUGGAUAUGACUAUACAUGGACCUACGAAUAAUGCUGAAAUGGAAUUAGUAAAAGGAGACUUAAUCUACCUUCCUCACUAUUUCGCUGCACCCUUCAUGAAUGGCUUACUCCAUAUCAUCAGUCGAAUGACAAUACCAAGAUCGAACUACAAGGUUUUAUGGGAACUUGCCGAAGGAGCACUCAUCUUCCAAAGAAAUUCCAACGACUUAGGUGCUGCACUCUCUCUUACUCCUUGGCUGAAGGAUGUUUUACCUAAUUAUAGUGGAUACAACGCCUUAAAAAAGGGCAAUCAAUGUUUAUUGGAUUUUUUUACGGAUUUAGUUAAUAAUGUAGUUGCUACACAUGAUCCUUCGCACGAUCGUCAUUUUCUCGACAUGUACAUUAAGAAAAUGAAGAGUGAAAUUGAUGAGAAAGGAAAAUCCACAUUUUCAGUGGACCAGUUGGUGCUUACGUGCAUUGACUAUAUGUUCCCUGCUGCGACGGCCGUGGAGGCGGUGCUCACAAUGUUGGUGGAACACUUGCUGCUGCGGCCCGACAUACAGGAUCGGGUGCACGAGGAGAUAGACCGCGUUGUGGGCAGCGGACGCUUGCCUAAUCUCGAUGAUAGGAAAAAUAUGCCAUAUACGGAAGCGUGUUUACGCGAAGCAAUGCGUUUUGAUACUCUUGUACCUCUAGGAGUUCCACAUCGUGCUAUCACUGACACUACUUUCCAUGGAUAUAAAAUACCUGAGGGUACGAUGGUCAGCACCAACUAUUAUAUCCUGCAUAUGGACAAAACAAUUUGGGGAGAUCCUGAAAACUUUCGCCCGGAAAGAUUCAUCGUGAAUGGACGACUGGAUGUUUCUUUAGACAAAUCUUUGCCAUUUGGUGCUGGCAGGCGUUUGUGCGCGGGCGAGACGUACGCCCGGCAGUCGAUGUUCCAGGUGUUCGCGGCGUUCAUGCAGGCGUUCCGCGUGUCGCCCGCCGACGGCCACCGCCUGCGCGCCCCCUCGCGACGUUUACAGGGCAUCAUUACCACCAUACCCGAGUACUGGGUGCGAGUCACACCCAGACAACCAUCAGUCUAAAACUAAUUUUUACUCACAAUUUUUUUUAUGUUGUUAAAAUAUACAUAUUAAAAUAUAAAUAAAAAUAAAUGUGUAUAGUAUAGGUAA